AUGCUCGACGACAUGGAUACCCUUGAAGUCAAGAAAAUGGUAGGGAACGUAGAAAAAUUUGCAGAAACCAAAGAUGUGCACUUUCUGUAUCAGUGCACUAAAGAUGAACUACGUGAGGUAGCAUCCUCAUAUAAUAUUUCACUGAGAACAUUUAUUAAAAGUGACAUGCAGCGAGAAUUGAUUGAUGAUCUGAUCUCAAUGUCAGUACUUGGUGAAAUUGAUCUCCCUGAUAAACCUAGUUCUGAUGAAGUGCAGAUGAAUGAGCAAUUAGCAAUGGAAAAGUUAAGGCUAGAAUUUGAGUACAAGAAGAUGCAGCUACAGGCAGAGAAGGAGAUAAAAAUUAAGGAGUUAGAAGUUGAAGAGAAACUAGGUACAAGAAGAGAAAUUGGAGAUAAGGAUAAUAGAGCAAAGAAUCUACCUGAGUUUAUUGAAGAGGAAGCUGAGGACUUCUUUAUUCAGUUUGAAAAAGUUGCUAAAAUCAAAGGAUGGGAUGAAAGUGACUGGGCAGUAUUGAUUCAGAGUAAAUUUAAGGGCAAAGCUCGAGAAGCAUAUGUAUGUUUGAGUAUAGAGGAGUCUACAGAUUAUAGGACUGUCAAAGAAGCAGUGUUAAAGACUGUGGAAAAGGAUCCAGAAGUGUAUAGGAGAAGGUUCAGAGACAUAAAGAAAGUAAGUGGACAAACUCACUUAGAAAUAGCUAGAAUAUGUGGGAUGAAAUUUGAUAGGUGGUGUAAAUCUGAAGAAGUGAAUACGAUGGGUGAACUGAGAGAGCUGAUACUUUUGGAACACUUCAAAAGUAUUGUGCCUCCUGACAUAAGGUAUGAAAUAGGUAAGAGUAGAGUGAGAAAUUUGAUGGACGCAGCGAGAUUGGCUGACCACAUUGAAGUAGCACAUAGAAUGUAUGGGGAAGACAGGUCCGAUAGACAAAAUAAAGUAAGGCAUAAUGCAAACCCAGCAUAUGACAGAAAUUACAGCCAUCAGUCAUAUUCCAAAUUUAAGCCAAAUAAUUCAGAUUUUGCCAAGAGAGGUCGAAGUAAUUAUAUAUUGCAAGACACUGUAGAGAAGAAACCCCAAGAACAGUCUGUAAAUAAGCAUCCCAGAUCUGAGCAAACUUACAACCAGCAUUUUAGCAGACAACAGAGACCACCAGUGAAAUGUUUUGCGUGUGGAGAAAUAGGUCAUGUCAGAAGUCAGUGCCAGAGUAUCCAGAAGUCUGUGGGAUUAACUAUGGGUAGAGGAAAAUCCCAACAUAUGUGUGACAUUAGGGAUGCCAACUAUAAUGUAAGAAAACAGAAACCUGUGGAUUUUGAACCAUUUAUAUUUGAAGGAAGGGUUAGUCUUAAAGGUAUUCCAGAGAAGAAAAUAUUAUUUUUAAGAGAUACUGGAUCAAAUCAAAGUUUAAUUUUAAAAGGAUUAUUAGAAUGGACCAGUGAAUCUUACACUGGAAGGGAUGUAUGCAUAAAAGGGUUAGGAUUAGGCAUGACUGUCCCACUGCAUAAUGUGAGUCUUGAGAGCGGGUUUGUGAAUGGCAUUGUUGAAGUAGGAGUAAAGGAUGAACUUCCAGUACCAGGAGUACAGAUGCUGUUAGGGAAUGACUUAGCUGGUGAUAAGACAAUCCCUGAACCUAUUAUGUGUGAAAACCCACUCAAGGGGGAAGCUUCUGUAGAGAAGAGAGAGACAAAUAAUGAGAUAUACCCUGCCUGUGUCGUGACCAGAGCAAUGUCAAAGAUAGGAGAAGAAAUUAAUGAAGUAGAAGUAGGGAAUUUAUUUGAGGAAGAGUUAGCAACAAAUGGUGAUGCAGUAGAAGUAAAGAAGAAUGAACAGGGUACUAUAAAAAUGAAAAUAGAUAUAUUACCUGAUUUUGUUGUUGACAAAAAGGAAUUGGUAAAAUUUCAGAUGGGUGAUGAGAGUUUGACGGGAUGUUGGAGUGAAGCAAAGCGUAAUGGUGGAGAGAAUGAUGUAACUAUUGGAUUUUAUGUACAUGGUGAUGUAUUAAUGAGAAAGUGGAGACCUGUGGAUGUUCCAGUAUCAGAUCAUUGGGAGGUGAGGAAGCAGAUUGUAGUCCCAAAGGAAUAUAGGGAACAUGUUAUUGCUUUGUCCCAUGAUUCAUAUUUAUCUGGACAUUUGGGAGUCAGAAAGACCACUGACAGGUUGUUGACCCAUUAUUAUUGGCCAAAUAUGAAAAAGGAUGUAUCUGUUUACUGUAAAACAUGUGAGAUAUGCCAAAGAGUAGGUAAACCAAACCAGGUUAUAAAACCUGCACCUCUAAAGCCCAUUCCAGCAUUCUGUAAACCAUUUAGCAAGAUAGUGAUUGAUUGUGUAGGUCCUCUACCUAGGACACGGAAAGGAAAUUGCUAUUUGUUGACUAUCAUGUGUGCAUCCACUAGAUUUCCAGAAGCCAUACCAAUGCGUAGCAUACACUCUAAGAACAUUGUGAGGGAGUUAGUGAGAUAUUUUUCCUGGGUAGGUCUACCUGAAAUUGUACAAUCAGAUCAGGGAAGUAAUUUCACUUCAGGAAUGUUCAAGAAAAUUUUAAAGGGAUUACAUAUUAAACAUAAUUUGUCAAGUGCUUAUCAUCCUCAGAGCCAGGGAGUGGUGGAAAGAUUUCACCAAACUUUGAAAAAUAUUUUGAAAAUGUAUUGUGAAGAAUUAUCCAUGGACUGGGAUGAGGGUGUACCUUUAGCUUUGUUUGCCAUAAGAGAUGCUGUGCAAGAGUCCACUGGAUUUAGUCCAUUCGAGUUGGUAUAUAGGACAUGA